AUGCACCCCCGGCCACUCGGUCCGAUCACUACCCCAUCGCCGAUGCCUCUGCAACAUAGCCACCGUGCCGAUCUCCUCCCUGGCAUUCCCGUUGCACCCACUAUCGCACACGCAACACCCCUCGCUGCGGAUUACGCUGCGUUUCCUGAACCGAAACUCUCUCCUGAUUCAUUUCAUCCCCCGCUGUCAAGCCCAGACGUAACUCCCCCCGUCUUCUGGUCUCGUAUUUCCAACCGAUCACUGUCUUGCAGGUACCGGCGGAACCUGAUUUGCCUUCGUAAUCUGCCGCGCGUAAGCCCAGAUGUCUGGGUUCCGGCCUUUAUCGAGCCUGCACCGUACCGGUUCUAG